CACCGCAUCAUCAGUCCGCGUUGGAGAGUUGCCCGCGACGCUUGUCUGCGAGCUCGAUCCCUCAGAUACGCUGCUGGUUUACGGCGUGCCGUAACACGACACGUUUGGAGGGACCGCCGCUGCUUCGCGUGUGCCUGGUGCUCUGUGAACACUGGAUUCUGUGCUACUUGUGUUGUGACGAUGUACAUGUGCUGAUUUGUCCAGUUACCGUCUACCUAUAGGAUUUUGACGACGCAACCAGUUCCGGAUCAGCUCAGCCGAAAAUCAACAUGAAAGUUGUUAGUCUUCAACUGCCUUCCGGGCCAAGCAUGGAGCGGUUACCGCUACCGUUUAGCCCUACGGAGUUGCUCUGGCGGUAUCCCCUGCCAUGGGCACCGCCGCCUCCUUCCCCCCUCGGUGAUGCAAAGGCUCAACUGCCAGCAGGUCUACCUCCAGAACCAAGAUUAUGGACAAGAGAAGACGUUUCGGUUUUCCUUAAAUGGUGCGAGCGUGAAUUCGACUUGCCCAACUUCGAUAUGGAUCUCUUCCAGAUGAAUGGAAAGGCCUUAUGCCUCCUAACAAAAACAGACUUGGGGGAGCGUUGCCCAGGCGCUGGCGACGUACUACAUAAUGUGCUACAAAUGUUAGUCCGUGAUGCAGCACUACUGGGAAGAGUCCCCUCAUCUCCGGUGACGCCAACUGCGCGCGCUGCACCUUACCCACCUUCCCCACAUUCACACCCGCCCACACCGACCUGGGCGGUCGACAGUUUCCAUCACUUCCAUAGUGCUGCGGCUGCGGCUGCUCAGCAACCUAACUCUGUGACGUUAAGUCCGGCUCCAUCAGUAGACAGUUCAGGAAGCCCUCAAAGAGGAGACGCAGUUAACUAUGCGCCAAAUUAUGCGCCGUCUAUGCCUGCAACCACCCAAGCCGCUAGUUCAGGAAGCAAUCAUUCCGACUCUGAUGAAGAACCCCAAUUUGCACCACAGCCACGAUCGCCAAAGGAAACUCCGCUGACAAAUUCUGCACCGCAACCACACCCAGCGCCACAGCAUUCCCAUUACCGUGCUCAACACAGAGAAUUCUUCCCGAACGAUAUGCCUGAAUCUAAUACAAAUGGAAGAUUACUUUGGGACUUCUUACAACAGCUAUUGAAUGACCCGUCUCAGCGGUACACCAACUACAUUGCCUGGAAGAACCGAGACACGGGAGUCUUUAAAAUUGUAGACCCUGCUGGGUUAGCCAAACUUUGGGGAAUCCAAAAGAAUCAUCUUUCAAUGAACUACGACAAAAUGUCACGCGCAUUACGGUACUACUACCGUGUUAACAUUCUGCGGAAGGUGCAGGGUGAAAGACAUUGCUACCAAUUUUUGAGAAACCCAACUGAACUGAAAAACAUUAAGAAUAUUUCACUACUACGACAGCAAAUGAGUCCAACGAGAGUUGUACCUCAAGCUGUUGUAAAAACUGAGAUGAAAGAGGAGCGUUGCGAGGAAGAACCCAUCGACGAAGAUAUGCCAACUGAUUUGAGUAUGGCAGCGUCGGAGCCAUGGCGAAAGCGUGCGCGGCCGGACCCCGCACCCGCCCCGCCGCCGCAUGACAAACAUCACAUCAGCGCUCUCAUCGGGGACAACAUGAUGAUGAAACGGGAAUCGGAAUACAAUGAUCAUUACGCAUUAAACCUCAAAAGUGAAAAAUGUGAACAAUGAUUACGAAGGACUAAAACGUGGGACACUUAUUAGUGCGAUGCGCAUAUUUUCUGCAUAUUAUUGAAUAUGCAUUCAGCUCCACCCACUAAAAUUCUAGUCAAAUUCCUCUCAGAAAGGAUAUUUAAGUCUUCCUCUAAAAUAUUAACGUACUUGAUGAACAAUCACUGAGAGUACUUUGACAGAUUUAGAACGGUCAUUGGAGUUUAACAGGGUAUGGACCUUAAUUAUGCCUUUGUGCCAAGUGAUUUUUAUACCUAAUAGUGUCAAUUAUCUAAUAGUUAGCAAAAAGGGACUAGAGUUUAUUUGUGUUAAAGUCAUAGGAAUUAUUUCAAGAUUUGUGCAAUGGAACUAUUAUUUGUGUAACUGUCGACUGAGAUCUUGAAGUUACAGAUAAGAUCGUUGCCAAAACUCAGUAUCUAUCCAUACUAUAUGUUGUGUGUCGUUCGCACUCGAUUAAUGCAUUUGCGUAAUUUAAUUAGUUUUAUGAGUGUUUUAUAUUUUUUGUUUUGAUUUGCUAAAAAGAGAGGAUAUAUCCAAUCCCACGAUCUAAAGGGUUAAGAAUUGAAAAAAAAAAACAUUUAUUGUAACGUCUUCCAUUCGUUCUUUUUGGCAAACCUUCAAUUGUAGCAUGUGAAAUGUAGUAACUAUGACAUCUACCACGUAAUGCGAACUUAUUAUUAUAUUUGGCAGCUUUGAAAAAUUAAGUUUCGUUGGCUUUGAUUUUUUAAAUAUUACUAUCUAUGUAUAAAAACUAAAAGACAAUAAUUUGUCACCAAUUUUUCGAAUAUGCCUUGAAUUCAAUAAAACACACCCACUGUGAUAAAAAUAAAAGUGGUAGACAUGUAGUGCUGUAGGGACUUUACUCAAAGAUUUCCAGCUACAAUUUUCUGUGAUCUCUUUUAUCAAUGUAGGUAGUUAGAUGUUAUAGAGUAAAGAUUAUGUCUUUGUAAAUAUUAAUUAAGUGAUAAUUAAGCUAGAAUUAGGAACUGACUGUAAAGAGAGUGUAUGUAUGAUUUGUAAAACAAAAAGUGGAGCUUUAUUAAAGUACCUAGUAUAUCCGUAAGUUUGAUUAAAACUGAGUUUGUAUUUUUACAAUAAUUUGUAUUUGGCAUGGAUGCCAGAAUUUCCAGCGUGUACACAAUACAAUCUUGAAGUUUCACAUUAAAAUAUUGUGUCAGAUUAUUAUAACUUAAAAUAAAUGAGAAAUAUUAUGUCUAUA